AUGGCCACUGGCAAGAUCCAUCGGUCCAUGGACUCCUUCAAGAUGGCUGGUGGAUUCCAGAGCAAAGUCGUAGCACCUCGUCUUCCGAAGCUGAUCAGAGAGGCAGAAGAAUCUGUACCUCUGACUCCCUCUGCCUUCCUGAAGGAGAUGUCUCUCCCCACCAAGCAGAGGCUGGCCGGCACUCGGGAGACGAGGCAGUCCCGGAUUAUCCAGCUCCUGGACAUGAGUGACAGCUCCCAUCAGAAGUUCUCAGCAGUUGACCCGCAACAGAGCUUGUUUCAGCCUUUCCCAUCAGAGGUGGUGUUUCAGAGCUACAUCCCCUUCGAGGUCUAUGAAAUGCCACUGACUCUGUGGAACAAGGACAAGGUUCCUCGGCUGGUGAAGGUUGUCAUGGAGCACUCACCUUACUUCAAGAUGAUCAACCCUAGUCCUAUGUACCAUAAGGUAGCACCUGGCCUGCGUGUAACUUUCCGCAUCCGUUUCACCCCUGAGGAGACCAAGGAUUAUUUCCACCAGCUCACCUGCAUCACAGAAAGAGAGAAGUUUAUUGUGCCCAUCCGAGCCAUAGGUGCGCGAGCUAUCCUGGACUUCCCUGACCAGCUGAACUUCUCCGUCUGCCCAGUGAAGCACAGCACCCAGAAGACUCUGCUGGUUCGCAACGUUGGUGAUCGGGAGGCUCGAUACCGCAUCAGCACGGAGAGCCCUUUCUCUGUCGACGUCUCCAUUGGCACCCUUGGGAUUGGUGAUGCCACGCAAGUGACAGUGGAGUUUCACCCGCUGAAGACCGGGGAUCAUUCCGGGUCCCUGGUGGUUCACCAUGACACAGGGGAAGCUAUCCACACGAGCCUUUUUGGAACAGCUGUAGAUGUGAACAUCAGGCUGGACAGCAGCUCCUUGACAAUUGAGAACACUUACCUGACGCUGCCAAACUACCGGUCUGUGGUCAUCCACAAUCAGAGUGACAUCAUCGCCCACUUCCAGUGGAAGGCUUUGGCUACUCAGAAAGAGGAGGAUCAGCAGAAGCUGAGGCGGUGUCGCGAGCUGCGGAGGCAGGAAGAGGAUGAGACGGAUCGCUCCUUGGACCCCGUUCUGCGAGAUCGCUCUUCCCUUCUCUCCCGCACCUUCCAGCACCGGAGAGCAAAGGUGCGAGGAGACGCCAUGCUGUUCUCCAAUGACGUUUUCAGCAUUGAGCCGGUG